AAGAAAGAUAGAUUCCAAUAGGUAGACAGCGUAGACAGGUAAACAAUAGAGAAUGAUAAUAGUACAUGGGCUAUAGUACCUACCUAUGUGAUUAUACCUAUCAUGACAGUAGGUAGUCUACUCUUCGGAGAGGUAUAACGCCUUCUUGGGUUCACCCUAUAUUUUAUUUCCCAACUAUUACCCAACUCAAACACCCUGUAUAUGGCCGUUGUUAAGUGAAAAAUGGAAUGAAAUGCGCGCCGUUAUCUCUAGAACGGAUCUAUCGCAGUCCAGCCGAUGAUGACGACCCGUUCGCUGGGUCGCGAGUAGCUGUGAUUGUCUAGCCAGGUCACGUGGUAGGUGGAGUGGAGGGGCUGGACUGGAGACCGGCGACCCCUACUAAUAUUCUCAGAUAUAUUAUGAACAUGAAAAAACUGAUAAAUAUGAUGAGAUACAUAGAAAGUUUGUAUAUUUCCUAAUCUUGUCAACAACUGUUGUUUUUUAGGUUAUUUUUUUUUGCUUUUUUUGACAGGUUCACCUUUUCACUGAAACUUCCGGUUCUACCUGAAAAAACUACGCCAUUUUUAUAUUAUAUUUGAGUAUUUUAUAUUUUUGCGCACUCGAAAAGACUGGUAUUUUCCGUUUUUUUAAAGUUAUGUUCUCUCAGAAACCUGUCAAGAAAAAGUUGCCCAAUACCUGAAAAAUGGCUGUUUUGUUUCCGGUAGAACCGUAAAAUUCAAUGGGAAGGUAAACUCAUAAAAGAAAUCUUAAAAAACAACAAAACAAAGUAGUCCAAACCGCAUGUCGAUAACUUGAAUAGUUUCGGAGAUAUGAGCAUUCAAAAUGGGUCAGGUACCUACUGAAAAAUAAAAAAUAUAUAACAUAUAUUCCUUUCAGGAACAUCAAAGUCGCCUCAUUGGCAUUGGAAAUUGGAUCUGAAAUUCACGGUAUAUUGUACCGAAUUUGUUAGCCUUUAGUUUCCAGUUGAUUUAAAAAAGUACAAACUGAAAAUAUUUUCAGAUGCAUAACUACACAGCGAGGGCCAUAAUGAUGAAACUGCUAAUAGUAGUUCUGCUGAGCCUCAUCAAGGAGUCAGCAGCAGUAGAUCUACUGCCCUGCACCGAGAACGUCGAUAGACAAAUGUUGGCGAGAGCUAGGAAUAUUAUCGAAAAUCAUACCCCCCCUGGCUACACUCUGGAUGAACUUGUUCCACAAGUAACUUUGAGGAGAAAUCCCCAUAGAUGGAUUGCUUCGUUCACAAGAAAUAAUAACCACUAUGAAUAUAGCUGCGCUUAUUUUGUAGCCGUCAAAAAAGACUUCAAGCGAUCAUGCCCUCCAGGAUCCAAAAUAAGAACUGUUUCUCUCCAAGAUCGUCCUGGUCAAUGGUGUAUCGUAGUGGAAAUUGUAAACUGUUAUUGCCAGAAAAAUCCAAAACGACGCCGACGAUGGGCAAGGGAACCGACGAUGGGCAAGGGAACCAUCGAUGUGCACGGACAUGAAUGAAGUUGAGUAAAAUUGUAUAGACGUAUGAGGAAGGCUCGUAAUCUCAUGUACAGUGUCUUUCAGAGAGUUGGGAAAAACUUUUGAUACCUGAUAAUUUAUUUUGAAAUUCGACUUGGGCUUUAGGUUUUGCAUUGGAAGAUAAGAAAGAUGGACUACUCGGUCGGGGUCACGUGACUUUUGACACAUGUCAAUAAUUACAUUUUUGCUUACAAUUGCUACUGGUAUGAAUCCGAUUUUUUUUUACAUUUGUGAAAUUGGAAUAGCAACAACUUCUUUCGGUAAACUUUUCUAGAAUUCAAACAAAUACGCCAAUUCAAAAGUUUUCCCAAAUGAUGCCAACUCUCUGAAAGACCCUGUAUGCACAGGGUGUCUCAAAUUCGAUCCUCACUAUUGGGAUCUCGGAACUAUAAGAGAUACGGAAAUGGUUAAAUUGGGGCAAAGUUGCGCAUUAACCUAACGAACAAUAUGCUGUUUAGGAAGUUUCGAGAUUCUAAGUAUGUCCGGAGAUAUCUGUGAAAGAACUGAGAUCUAAAAAAUUGAUUUCAUUUUUUCCUGAUUUAUUGUAGGACUUUGAAAUAAACCGCACUCGUGCAUUUUGUGUGGAAAAUUUUGAAAAAUUGAAUUUAUUCAUUUCUGUCUUCAUUUAUUGCAGGAUUUCAAAUCUAUUCGCACUUUGCAUCGUAUUUUUCCUCUAUUACAUGAUAGUGCUUUCAGAUUCACUAUCCAACGUUUCGUCUCCAGGCGAACAUCAUCAACUUUAUGCUUUUCAAUGAGUCCCAUAUCGGAUUUUUUAUGUUUCGAAUAGAACCUCUGUUCUUGUCUCUUCAAUAGUGUAUCACAAGUUGCCAUUCUCUUCUGAAGAAUCAUAUACAAACUGAUCGAAAAAAAUUAAGGAUAUUUUUCAACGCAACUACAUAGAUAUUGAUGGCUAUACCACAUUCUUUCAUAGAGAAUGUCUUCAUAGCAAAAAGACAAUAUCCCCAACUUAUGCAAACAACAUAGAUAUAAAUUAGUAGCUAUACCACAUUUCUUUUCUAGAAAAAUGUCUUCCUAGCAAGAAGCAAUAUCAUCAGUUUAUACAAAAAAUAAAUUAUAUGAUAUGGAUGAAGUAAAUCAAAACAAGACAACGAGCAAGAUAGUAGCAAGUCAAGAAAAGGAAGGGACAGUUGGUAAAAUAGAUGAAGGGGAUCGAAACAAGUAGGCGAGACUGAUAGUAACAAGUCACGAAAUAGAAGAGAAGAACAGAAAAGUUAACAAGAUACAAGAUAGUAGCAAGUCGCGGAAAAGAAGAGACAGUUGAUGAUACGGGUGAAGGAAAUCAAAUUAGGCAGACAACUAACAAGAAAGUAGCAAGUCAAGAAAAGGAAGGGACAGAUGAUCAAAUAGAUGAAGGGGGUCAAAACAAGAAAGCGAGCCUGAUGUUAACAAGUCAAGAAAAAAAAGAGACAGUUGAUGAUAUGGGUGAAGAAAAUCAAAAUAAGCAGACAACUAACAAGAUAGCAGCAAGUCAAGAAAAGGAAGGGACAGUUGAUAUGAUAGAUGAAGGAGUCAAAGAGGAUCCAAAUAAGAGAGUGAGCAAGAUAGAAAUAAGUCAGGAAGAAAAAACAAUAAGCAAGGAAUGUAUUACCUUAGAAAAACUAAACAAAGACAAUGAACAAACCAUUAAAAAAAGUCGAACCUCAGAGAUAUCAGAGACAGAAAUCUUGAAAGAGAAGGAAAAACAAGUCUGCAAAAAAAUUCAGUAUAUUCCUUUAAAGGUGUCUUUCGACAAUGUUCUGAAAUUCAGAUCACCUAACUUGUCUGAAAUAAAUUUUAGAAAUGAAAAACGAGAAAUUGCCCCAAAGGCCAUGAAUUCACAAGUCUGGCGAAAUUUUCAAAAACAAAAAGAAGAAGGGAAGACACAAAAAGUAGAGAGUAUUGGUCUAGAUAGUAGUUAUGUUUGUGCUCUACCUUGA